AAUACCAAGAACUGACAGGUCACAGAUGUCCUUCUUUGUGCUAAAUGACAGAUACGUCAUUUUAUUUUUAUUUAUUUAUAAAUUUUAAAUAAAUAAUUAAUAAGUAAAUUUAAAAAUUCAAAAAAUGAGCGCUUAUGAAAAAUUAAAUUCUAUUUAAAUUUAUAUUUUAAACUAAGUGUCAAAUGGUAAUUUUGAUUAUAACCUGAGAAAAAUUUACUGAUAAGAAAAAAUGUUGAAACCAAAAGCUUUGAUGCAGGUUCUGAGCCAAGCAAAUACUGGUGGUGUUGAAAAUACUUUAUUACUCAGUAGAGAUGGUGGUCUUUUGGCUUACAGUGGAUACGGUGAUAAAGAUGCCAGAGUAACGGCUGCUAUAACGAGUAAUAUUUGGUCAGCUUAUGAAAAAAAUGGACGUAAUGCUUUCAAAGAAGAUGAGUUACAAUUUGUUUUAAUGGAUUGUCAGGAAGGUAAAGUUGUAAUAACAGAAGUGGCAAAUUUAUUACUAUGUCUUUAUGCGAGAGAAAAUGUUGGCUUUGGAUUGCUGAGAGAAAAAGCACAAGCUCUUGCUAAAUAUCUUGAUCAGCCACUAAAAACCAUAGCAAGCAUGCCUUAAAUUUUAAUACAUUAUUUAAAAUUAAUUAUGAUAUUUAAUAAUCAAUAAUAAUUCAUGACUUUCUUACAUAUUUUAUAACAAAAAUUGUAUAUAAAAAAUAUGUUAAUUAUUAAAUAAAUAAAUGAUAUUCCCAGGAAAAA